UGACGACCACCAAUGCAUAUAGUAUACUAGCAGCUUAUGGAACUACCUGACACUUCCGAGGAACGAACCGGCGUUUGCACUUUGCAUCGGGAAUGGAUGGCAUCUUCAGUUGGAGUUAGACGUUGUUCGUGAUUGGAUGUGAGGGAGCCAGAGGGAAAGAAAGCAUAGACAGUUGAGAGUUUUGUUUUGGGUGAUGAACUGACUCGUAGAACCAUGGGCAAAUCGAGUAAAGUGAUGACCCCGCGGAACGUGGAGCUUCCAACCCAUGUGAUCCUGGCCAAGAAGGAGAAACCCGGUCAUCCCAAGAAGAAGUGUCUUUGUUUGACCUUGUGGUUGUUCGUGUUGCUUUUGCUUUGUGUGGCUGUUGUGAUUAUCGCCCAUUUUCUUCUGCCCCAGAACUUGAAUCAGAACCUGGAGCGACUGGAAUGUCUCGAGACAGCCGGAGUUGGGUUAGAACAAAAGACCUCGAUGAGUGACUUGAUUGUGGUGGGUACGUUCGAGCCAGAUCCAGAUCGAAAGCACCAGGACCACAAGUUCAUCCGAGUGGAGCGAUCUCUGAAAGGGGUCAGAGACACGGACGAUUAUCUACCUUUCUCGGCCCCGCCAAACUUCGAAGACUGCUUGGAUCAAACAGACCAAGACGGCCACGACCACGAGGUUCCAACCCCGAAAGUGUACUUCCUUACCCAAUUUGGCGAUUUAUGGAUCCCUAGAUUCCAACCCAUGCUGGUCUCGGACAAGCUCACUCAAGUCAUUCGAGAUCUCUUGGAGAAUUCCGACCUUGUGACAAAUGAGCAAGUAGAACCUCGAUCCCGACGUCCUCAGUUUCAGGAAUCAAGUUCCAUUCCCCUUGGUCGUCCAGAGGUGACCAGUCCUUCCCCUCCUUCAGACCCUUGUUCAUCCGUUCCCUGUCAAUUUGGUGGCAAAUGCAUGAUUCGGCUCCUGUCCCGUGACCAGGAGCCGUUUUGCUCGUGCGAAAAUCUCUGCGACGAAUCGGAUGAGAGGAUCGGGAAUUUCCCCGUUUGUGGAACCGAUCAUGUCACUUAUCGCAACAGUUGUGAGCUGAAGGAAGCUGCUUGUGGAAAGCAACAGAACAUCACCAUGAUCUUGGCCCAACAAUGUGAGGAAGCCAGUCUAUGUGGGCCUGACCCUUGCCCCUUUAACGGUGUGUGCGCCCGGAAUUACGAAGGCAGGUUCGAGUGCCAAUGCCAAGAAUGCUAUCCGGAAAACCAAGAGGACUUUGAGCCCGUCUGUGGAUCCGACAACGUCCAAUACGCGAGUGAGUGCGACUUGAGAAAGACCAGUUGCCAACAUCGUGAGGAGAUUACCGUCAAGAAAUACGGGAAAUGCGAAACGUGCAAAGAUAAAAGAUGCGGCCCUUACGAAGAAUGCAUCGAGGACACCAAUGGCAAUCCCAAAUGUGUUUGUCAGAAAUGCAGUAAUGAUCCGGCGGAAGAGGUGUGUGGCUCUGAUGGAAUCACCUAUUUCUCGUUAUGCCAUUUACAACGAGCCUCGUGCACCCAGGGGCAGGACAUAUAUGCGGAACAUUACGGAGCUUGUGAUCCGUGCAAUGAGGUGACUUGCAAGUUCGGCUCCUAUUGUAGCGAGGGUCAAUGCAUUUGUCGGAGGGAGUGUCCAGAUAGCUACGAGCCCAUUUGCGCAUCCAAUGGCAAAACCUAUUUCAACUAUUGUUUCCUGGAGAAAGAUAAUUGCGCUCGGCAGCACGAUGCCAACUUUGAGCAAUUCAAAGUGGUCGAAUCGCGCGUUUGUCAUGAAGAAUCGCCUCAUUGUGACGGCUCAAUCUGCGAGUGUCCCGAUGGGGUCAAAGGACCACUGUGCAAUCGUUGCAAAACCAAUUAUUGGGCAUUUACCAGUUUCGGAUGCAAAGAGUGCAAAUGCAACCAAUACGGCGCCGAGUCCAUGGACUGCAAUGCCCAGACCGGGAUUUGCCCUUGCAAACGCGGAUUCUCGGGCGACCAUUGCGAAAUCUGCCCCGAUGGAACUCUCACCACGGAAUCAGGGUGCAUUUCAGUGAGUUCAACGAAGUACGAUCGACCCAUUCCUUGUGGUGAGAGCCAAUGCAACUACGGAGCCACGUGUUCCAACACAGGUGGGAGGAUGAGGUGCAUUUGCGAAAUCGAUUGUAGAAACCCGCUCUACUAUCGAGAGGCGGUUUGCGGCACGGAUGGCAACACCUAUCGAUCCGAAUGCCAAUUGAGACAAAACUCUUGCCGAAAGCAAACGGACAUUGCCAUCACUAAUUUUGCACCAUGCAAAGAUGCUCCUGAUCAGAUCUAUGGCCAAAACAAGAAUCCCCGUCAGGUUCUGUCGGAUCAAAAACCCUCAACCGGUCAAAUUGGCGAGACUUGCUUGACCGAUUCGGAUUGCAUCAAGGAUAACACUAAAUGUUCGCUUAAUCGAUGCAUUUGUGACGAAUAUUCGGAGUAUGACAAGCAAACCAAGGGUUGCAAGGCCUUGAAAAAAGAGACCACCUUUACACCUGGAUUAUGUGAUCCCAAUCCUUGUCAUGGUGGUGGAACCUGUGAGGAACACGACGGCGUAUUUACGUGUUAUUGCCCUCCUGGAUUUGCUGGAACACUCUGUCAACAUGACUUGUCCAAAUCUAGCAUCAGCGUGGCCAGCUUUAUUGGGAACACCCUAAUGGCCGUAAAGACUCCAGUAGAUUCGGUCAAUCGCUUGGAGAUAAAACUCAAAUUUCGAACAUUUGCACAUGACGGACUCAUAUUAUACAACGAAGGGAACAUCGACAAUGGAGAGACAGACUUCCUCUCCUUGGCGAUCGUGGACCGUUAUGUCGAGUUCCGUUAUGACUUGGGAAGUGGCCCAGUUGUCUUACGGUCCAAUUCUGAAAUUGUCCCUGGUCAAUGGCAUGAACUCGUGGCCAAGCGAUAUCAUCACGAUGGUCUUUUGGAGAUGGAUGGAGACAAGGUCAUGGGCUCCUCCAAAGGAUCGCUCCGAACCUUAAAUGUUGGCGAAUUGCUCUGGAUUGGAAAUGUGGACACAAAAUACGAGUCCAAUGUCUUAAAGAAAGUUGGCACUGCUAAAGGUUUCACCGGAUGUCUCAAGGAUCUGUUGUUAAGCCGGAAGCCCGUGGCACUACAAUCCGAACAAGAGCCUAUGAUCAUGCAGAGAAAGAAUGUGGUGGAUUGUGAGGAGAACCCGUGUGUCCGGAUGCCUUGUAAUCAGGAAGGAUCUUGCAGUGUCAAGAAUCAAGGGUUUGAAUGCGAAUGCCCGUCGGAGUUCACAGGUCGCCGAUGUCAGAGAAAAAGAAAUCAAUGUCAUCCAAAUCCGUGUAAAAAUAAAGGCCAGUGCAAAAUGAACAAAGCCCAGACGACCUUUACUUGCUCAUGCCAAACAGGAUUCUUUGGUCGCCUUUGUGAGGAUUCCGAUCCAGAGAGUUCCUGGGAACGUUACAGAAAGAGCACUUCCAAGUACGACCGACAAAAGCUUUCGUUUGGUAUUCAAACGAAUCUUUCCGAGGCCGGAGAACUGUUCACCGUUCCAAUCCGCCUUUCAAACAACCAUCUGGGACACUUGACCUUGUCAGCUUCCGAGAAAGGCCAUUUAGUAAUCAAAGUACAAGAUGAAGGUGCUCUCGUUAUUGGGGCUCUCACUACAGAUCUGACCAUUUCCGAUGGGAAUUGGCACAGAAUCAACAUCCUUCGACAGGACUCUUCGCUGAAUGUGCACUUGGAUGGGGAGCGACGAAAUUUCCCUGACAAGAUUGAUUAUUUGGACUUUAUCAGUCACGGUCAAUUAACUUUCGGUCCAUCUACGAGUCGCAGUCUCUGCCUUCGACAUUACAUUUUGAAAACGUGGAAGAACAAUCGUCAUUCCAAGACCAACCCUGUGGAUAUAUGCAAAUAGAACGACUAACCACUUUAACCAAGACAAGUCGAUGAAGCGAACACAAGUUUUACUAAUGAUUUAUUAUUAAUCCAGAAACUCCACUGUGAUAACUAUGGCUGUGAUCAGAUGCGAUUGUUCAAAUGCAAUAAAUGUGGUUCUCAAUAAUACAUGUAUUUAAACACAG